AUGGCCUUAUGUCACAUCCGGGACACCAACAAUCAGGUGCAGGUUGUGAAAAACCUGCGCAUCUGUGUCAACAAUAUGGCAACGAGCCCAAGCACAGCCUCUGCUGUGCUCAGCCCUGCCCAGAAGCAACUACUCAAUGAAGUGGUGUUAUCCUGCCAGCCACAAGAGGGCGCUGUAACCAGUGUGAUCACGGCAGGAGACUAUGUGCUGAACUUCAGUGCAACCACGCCCUGGUUUGAAACCUACAGGGAGAACUUCCUGCAGUCGAUGCCUGCCUCCGACCAUGAGUUCCUCAAUCACUACCUCGCCUGCCUGCUGGUGGUGUCCUCCACUGAGGCAGUCCCUGUGGAGCAGUUCCUCAAACUUUCCCAGGAGCAGCACAGGAUUCAGCACAGUGGAGAAUACACUAACCCCAAGUGGUUUAUCCCCAACACGCUCAAGUACUAUGUCUUACUGCAUGACAUGAGUGAGGGUGAUGAACAGAGGGCAGAUUCGGUAUAUGAGGAUAUGAAACAGAGGUAUGGUUCUCAAGGCUGCUAUCUGUUGAAAAUGAACUCUCGUACCUUCUCAGCUGAAGAAGAUGAACAGAUUCCAGACCCCUGGAGUCAAUACCUGCAGAGGAAUAAUCUGCAUAACCAGGAUUUGCUUGAUGAUGUAGCUCCAACUGUGAACAGUGCUGCUGUUGAGAACAAUAUCAGUGCAGCUGAAGUGGACAGCAUUCACUCAACAGAGAAAGAUGGAGUGUCCAACAGCCUGGAAAGCCAUCCUCUCCAGCUGGACACAGUAAGCAGCUCGGGGAGCCUGCACACCCUCAGUGCUAUCAGCACUGACCUGAAGAAAGGUGCAAGAGAUCCAGAGAGCCUGGCUGGAGGAGCAGGGAGCCACGGGGCAUGUCUGACCCUGAAUGACCACGACCACAUCAGACAGUUCAUCCAAGAGUUCACCUUCAGAGGCCUACUGCCACACAUAGAGAAGAACAUCAGGCAGCUCAAUGACCAGCUGGUCUCCAGGAAAGGUCUGAGCCGGUCUCUGUUCACUGCAACCAAGAAGUGGUUUGGUGGAGGGAAAGUUCCAGAGAAGAGCAUCAGUGAACCAAAGAGCACUUUUGGCCUUCUAUAUCCCCCAGAAGCCCCUGAGCUACAGAUCAGGAAGAUGGCUGACCUGUGCUUCCUGGUUCAGCACUACGAGCUGGCCUACAGCUGUUACCAUACUGCCAAGAAAGACUUCCUGUCAGACCAGGCCAUGCUGUAUGCUGCAGGGGCACUGGAAAUGGCUGCAGUGUCAGCCUUUCUGCAGGCUGGAGCUCCCAGACCAUAUCCAGCACACUACAUGGACACCGCAAUACAGACGUACAGAGAUGUCUGCAAGAACAUGGUGCUGGCUGAGCGCUGUGCUUUACUUAAUACUGAGAUACUCAAGAGUCAGGGCAAAUACUCAGAGGCUGCAUCUCUCCUCAUUAAGAUGACCAGCGAGGACUCCGACCUGCGCAGUGCUCUGCUGCUGGAACAGGCUGCUCAUUGCUUUAAUAAUAUGCGUAACCCUAUGGUGCGCAAGUUUGCCUUCCAUAUGAUCCUGGCUGGUCAUCGUUUCAGCAAAGCAGGACAGAGGAGGCAUGCACUUCGCUGUUACUGCCAAGCCAUGCAGGUGUAUAAGGAAAGGGGCUGGUCUUUAGCAGAGGACCAUAUCAACUUCACAAUUGGUCGACAGUCCUUCACACUUCGCCAACCAGAGAAUGCUAUAAUAGCCUUCAGACAGAUCCUGACCAAUGACAGCAGGCAGACGGCCACACAGCAGGGCGCCUUUCUCAGAGAGUAUCUCUAUGUAUACAAGAGUGUGACAGGGGGAAAUGAAGUCAGCCUCCCCCAGCUGCCUCUGCCCUACAUCCACAGCUCAGCCACAAGGGUCUACUUUGGACAUGAACGCUGCCUUGCAGAAGGGGAAAAGCAGGCAGCAACUCAUGUGUCCCUAGACCAGGAAUAUGACCAGGAUUUGGCAGCUGUGUGGUGCCACCUAGAGGAGCAGCUUGUGGCUGCCGCCAAUCAUGGGGCCAUCCCUGUAAACUUCCAGCCCACCCAGUGCUGCCUGAACAGCCAGACAGACAACUUGCGCCACCCACUAGCUGUAGUAGAGGAGCCAAUCAUAGUGGAGGUGAUGUUUAGGAACCCUCUGAAGGUUUCUCUGGCUCUGUCCAACCUCUCACUCCUCUGGAGGUUCACUGCCGAUGGUGUGUCUCCAUUGAAGGAGAAGACCACUGAAGAGUUGGCAGGAGAGGCCAUCACCAAUGAGGAGACCAUGACUCCAGGGAUGACACAGAAAGAUGAUAUUGUCACUACUGAGGUAAUCCUGGAGUUUCAUAUGGGUCCAGAGGAGACCAAAAUGGCUCGGCUCAGGCUGCUGCCACACAGAACUGGCCAGCUGAACAUUGUGGGUGUAGUGUACAACCUGGCUGCAGCCUCCUCUGGACAGAUGGCUCCCAGCACUGAGGGCCAGCAGACUUUUGAUCUGAUGGUGGUUCGGGGCAGACAGGACUUAAAGAUCCAGGGCCCAAGACUCAACCAGACCAAAGAGGACAAGAUGUUGGUUCGACAUGGUCCUGAUCGACGCCUGGAUCCCAUCAUAACACCACCCAUGCCCCUAAUGGAGGUCUUCUUCUUGCAGUUUCCCACUGCUCUGCUGUGUGGUGAGAUCAGGAAGGCCUAUGUUGAGUUCUGUAAUGUCAGCAGUGUUGCUUUGUGCGGACUUCGAGUGGCAUCCACACACCCUGAUUUCUUCACUUUUGGUAGCCAUGCCACAACACCCCUCACACCGACCUCAGCUGAAAACUGCUCGGCCUAUAAAACGUUAGCCACACACGCCCAGCCAGGCUCAGUGGCAUCUGAGAUGUUGGUUUCAGCUGAGGACUUCAGCCAGCCGUCCAGUGUGAUGGAGAUCCCAAUACAUAGCAGCACGCUGCAACCGGGGGAGUCCACCCAGCUGCCUCUCUGGCUCAGAGGACCAGACCAGGAGGGAGUCCAUGAAAUCAACUUCUUGUUCUACUAUGAAAGCACGGAGAAAGGAAUCAAAAUCAGUCAUCGGGUGUUGCGUCACACAGUGUUUAUCUGUGCCAGUCGCUCUCUGAGUGUGCAGGCGGUGGCCUGCCGCAGCAGUGUUCCUCCACAUCAAAGUCAGGAUGACAAAGGCAGCGGUGGAACACUGGUCUUUAUUGAUGUGGAGAACAUUAAUACGAGUGAAGCUGGUGUGCGUGAGUUCCACAUCAUCCAGGUGUCCAGCAGCAGUCAGCACUGGCGCCUCCACAAGUGUAUCAACCCAGCCAAGGAUAAAGACUGUAAACUCACCAGCAGAGAAAGAGCCAAGCUGUGUUUCAGGGCCACACGAUGCAGGCCCCACCAAGAUACCUCGGAUGCCGUGGAAAAAUACACCUUUGCAGACCUGAAUCUGGGAAAUGAACGGAUAAUCAGUUCUUCCACACCCUGUGGAGAUUUCUUCUUCCGUGGUUGUCGGACCCCAGAGUCUCAGCAAGUAUAUGUGGCAUCAUCCAGGGCAUCCUCCAGCAGCAAGACUCUCAUCAAUGAGGACAGAGACUCUGACAUCACCCACAUUGUCAAGAAAUGUAAUGAGCUGGACCUCAACAUAAUCGUCAUCUGGAAGGCCUAUGUGGUUGAGGACAACAAACAGCUGAUCCUUGAGGGCCAGCUCCAUGUGGCGCUGCAGACCAUUGGCAAAGAGGCCAGUUCUCUGACUGCCAGAGAGGAGGCGCAGGAAAUGGUGCUGCUCAAGUUUAAAUCAGAACUGCCUCCCCCAGUUGUCCUGCCCUCUGCAGAGCUGUCGCAACUCAUCAAAAUCAACCUGCACUACCCUGAGACCUACACACAUUCGUUUGUCCAGGCUAGUCUCUGUGUGGUGCCUGUUACUCUGACUCUGUCCAACUGCUCCUUGGCUCAGGUGGAUGUCAUCAUUGACAUGCAGCACAAAAGCACCAGCACGGAGUCUCUGGAGGUCCACAGCUCUUUUACCUGGGUGGGUCAGACCCAGUAUAAGCUGCAGCUGAAGCCUCAGGAGGUGCUGUGCCUGACCCUGAGAGCCUGUUUCCUCCAGGCAGGAGUCUACAACCUUAACACGCAGCGAGUCUUUGCCAAGCCAGCUGAGCAGGCCGCCAUGUGUGAGACGAGCCAGCAGACAGCUAGUCCUGCUCUCAUAAUCAUCAACAAUGCCUGAGCAGAGCGUCAUGGCCUGCAUACAGGAGGACCUGGACUUCAGGAGUCCACCAGCUGCUACUGUACACAUAUAACCAUACUUUUUCUUCUUGAUUAAUACUGGACAGCAGGAAACACAGAUGUUUUGUACCAAUUGGUAAAAUAGAAAAAGGUUUAUUUACAACAAACAGCUUCAGUUUAUACAGAUUGAUGAGGUUGAUCUACAGAUGAAGUGGCCAGACAGUUUAUGGACCUCAGAACUAUGUAGUCUCAUCAGCCAAGUAUCAAAGAAUUUCACUUGCAUGUUACUUUUUCUGUACGACAUCCCAGCCCUCCGUACCUCUACUGUCUCCACCCACUCUUUACCCUUCUGUUACCAGCAUCUCAAACAAAACUUGUUUGGAACCUAACAAAAGCUAUGUCAUCUGGCUGACACAUGCUGAUGUUGACUCUGGAAUGGUGACUCUGAUCUAAAGUCAAAAAGCAAAGUCAGAGACAAACCGCUGUACUUAUUUUUGACCGGGGGCUGGGUCCCCAAGUGAUCCCCAAGUGGUGUGAGCACUUUUUGUUUGAUUAGCUAUACUGGUCCUUAGUUCAUAAAUCUGUGGACUGAUGCUUUAAAUAUAACCUCAAUCUGCAAAUAUACUGAAUUCUGGACAGUGUGUGAGCAGUUGUCAUGAAAUGUCAGUUGUCAUUCUAACAAGAACUGUUCACAUCCUGAAUAUUGUACGCACAUGUUGAUUGUCACAUUGAGUCUACAGCUUCGGGCAUCCAGCUACUCCUGAAGUACUUGUCAAGAGGCUGACCACUGAAGCCCAUCUUACUGCCCACUCUGUAUGAUUUUCACUGACAGUACAACAGACUACCCAUAUUGCUUAUGUGCAUGCAGGUGAUUUUUGAGUCCAGCCAAUCAAUCAACAUACCCUCCUAACCUGUGUGUUUAACCCCACCAUGUUGUGAUUGACUUGACAGCUUUUCUGAAAAUGAUGUAUUAUAUUUAUAUAACAAAUUUGAUGUAAAUAGAAAAUAAAACUUACUAAUAACUAA